UAUUUACUCAGGCACUUUAGCCGACAGCUAACAUUAGCCGCUUGUAGAUUGCUUGGCUACUAGGACCCAACUACUACAAUAUUAGUGCAGCAUAGUAACACAUACAACCUAGCGUUAGCAACAGCGGCAUCACGUUGUACUAAAAGCUCGUUAUCCACAGGCGUCCGAGUGUCCUGGGGGAGAAUCGGAUCCACGAUGUUGAACCCGACCAAUGGUGACCCGGGCCACGUCGUUGUUAAUUAUGUUGAGGAGUACCUGGAUCUGGUGGAGUCUCUCCCCUUUGACUUGCAGAGAAGUGUAUCCCUGAUGAAGGAAAUCGAUGCCAAGUACCAAGAUGUUCUGAAGGAGCUUGAUGAGGCCUAUGAAAGGUAUCGCCGUGAAUCUGACGCGUUUCAGAGGCGCAAGCUUCAACUAUCCAUUCAGAGGGCGCUGAUCCGCAGCCAGGAGCUGGGAGACGAAAAGAUCCAGAUUGCAGGUCAAAUGGUGGAGUUGGUUGAGAACCGGACGCGACAAAUAGACUGGCAUUCUGAAUUUCUCCUCUCCUCUCAAGAAGUCCCAGAGAGUCACGUUCCCGCUGCAGCAUCUGUGACAACCGCCGCGGCGUCCUUGAUGUCCUCGUCUUCGGCUACGGUCACGCCGGGCAAACCUGGCCACCAUGAAAAGAAACGCGACGAGGUCACUCCCAGCUCCGGUGGUGGAGACAAAUCUGGGGGGAAACGCUCCAGGCGUCAGAAAAAUGGCGAAAAUCGAGAGAGUUACGGGGGUAUGGAUCACCCCGAGGAGGUGGGAGUGGGGGUGUCUCGGGAAAAGAGGGCCAAGACGUCUUCUAAGAAGAAGAAAAGGUCAAAAGGAAAGUCUGAGAGAGAAGUGUCGCCUCCGGACCUGCCCAUCGAUCCAGACGAGCCGACGUACUGCCUGUGUGAGCAGGUGUCUUACGGCGAGAUGAUUGGCUGCGAUAAUGAUGAAUGUCCCAUUGAGUGGUUUCAUUUCUCCUGUGUCGGCCUCCAUCAUAAGCCCAAAGGAAAGUGGUACUGCCCCAAGUGUAGAGGUGAGAAUGAGAAGACCAUGGACAAGGCGUUAGAGAGGGCCAAGAAGGAGAGGGCCUACAACAGGUAGCUCGCUCUGCCUGCUCAAUGAACUCUGUUGUGUAUAUAAAAGUAUUUUAUCUGUUUUUGUUUCCAUUUACAGUUACAAUAGUUUUAAAAAAAAAUGUUACUUGAUGAGGAGGAUCUUGAAAAUAGUUAUUUUUGUAACUGCUGCAUAAACAACUGAGAAACAACAUCGCCUCCUUCAAGUUGGAAGAAUUUGUGAAGAAUGCACAUGGUACAGAACAGGACUGAGUUUAAUGUUUUUAUGUUUGUAACUAGCUGUUCUGCACUUACAUCCCUCUUUAGUUUUCAUCAUGCAUGCAACAUUUUUGUCUUUGUAUAAGCUCCGUUAACAAAUAAAACAUUUCUAAACGAAA